AUGGCGGGCGAUAAGAAAGACCCCGACCAGCCCGAGCCCUCUCGAGUAUCGGGUACACCAGGCAGCGACUAUGCCUCUGCAUCGCCAAUACCUCCUAUGCGAUCAACGGUUUCCGUUCGGAGAGGUUACGGAACCCUGGAUGCGCAGUCCGUCGAUUCGUCGUCUGAGAUACGUCACGACGAAACCAUCCAGGACGAUAACUCGAGCCGCGCGUUUACCUCCUCGUCUGCCGUACCUGAUCGGCCUCGAAAGCCUUCGGUCACCCGUCGCAUGUCUUCGAAACGACAAGUGCCCCACAAGGGCCAGGAAUUCUCCACUGACGAUGAUGUCAAAGAAGUUGAGGAGGACUUUGCCCUACACAAGGCUUCGUCCACCCAGCAGCUGUCUCCAAGGAUUCGUCCUAUGCGGGGUCCGAGCUCCACGUUGCGCCGCCAUGUCAGUGCUCGUGCCGUCCCGUUGAUCAGAGGCGAAUCAGACAAUCUGAGUGUGGAUGAUACCGUCUUGCCAAAGGUCAACUUGGACGUAGUGGAAGACGCCUCAUCGAUCAGACAGUCUGACGGCGGCAGUGACAUUGGAAGUGAAGAUGAAACCCCUGUAUCCGAGGAGGAUGAAGAGGUGACCAGUGAUGCCGAGAGCUUUACGCUCAAGGAUCGCCAGCAAGCGAUCAACGAGACUCAUCCUUUCGGUAUUAGGAUCUGGAAGCCCGCUCUGUACAAGAAGAGUCGCUCGGUAGAGAAGACUGCCGAGGGCGAUAUUCACUCGUCUCCUGGGGGUCGCGUUAGCCCCAUGCUCUUUUUGACAAACUUGCUAUGGUCAGUACUUUUUGGAUGGUGGUUGGCUUUGGCUGCCUUGCUGGCUGCGAUCGCAUGUUUCUUCUGUGCUUUCUCGUCCAGCGCCGUCGCGUAUGGAAGGGUCUUUGCAGGACUCUCACGCUACUUGCUCUAUCCGUUCGGCUCCUUUGUUCUUCUAAGAACCGAUGAUAAUUAUGCGGAAGAAGAUGAGGGUGAAGGCCGCAGCAUCAGCGAGUAUGAACAAUGGCAGAACGGUGACUUGGAACAUGGCCGGCUCUUCUUCGGACCUCGCAGAGACCGAUCUCUCGUCGGACGGCGGCGCAACAGCGUUGAUUCUGCUGGAGAGCAGGACAGUCUCCUCGGUCGGCCCCAGCGUGGACAAGGCGAGGAUUCACAAUUCAGCCCUUCCAAACGUCGACUAUUCGGUCGUGGUGAAUGGACCCUUGGCCGAGUUGUGUUCUUUGUGUUUUUCUACUUCCUGGUGGGACCCUUGAUGCUCAUGGUCUCCCUGAUCUGCUGGUUGCUUGUCUUCUGGAUCCCAAUGGGCCGAGUUACCACCAUCUUAGUGAGCCAUCUGCGACGCCAUCCUCUAGCCUUGUCAUUCCACUCCGAUACCUCCUAUUCCCGACUUGCUACGGGUUCUUCAUCGUCGUCCAUCCUUUUGUGCACCUAUCGCGCGGCUGGAACGAGAUACUGGAAAUACACCAUCGAUGGUACCAACAUCUUCUUCAUCAACUUGCUAGCUCUCGUCGCCUUCGUCAUUUUCGACUACUUCGUGCUGGACACGUUCCUUGGUAUUGAGUCCUGGCUGACUCACCCUGGGCUGAUCUUUACCCUCUCCCUAUUCUCCAUCAUUCCUCUGGCCUACUUCAUCGGCCAAGCUGUGGCAUCCAUCUCGGCCCAGUCGUCGAUGGGUUUGGGUGCCGCAAUCAAUGCCUUCUUCUCCACCAUUGUAGAAGUCUAUCUCUAUUGUGUUGCCUUGACCGAAGGCAAAGCCCAGCUUGUGGAAGGAAGUAUCAUUGGUAGUAUCUUCGCAGGUAUCCUGUUCUUGCCCGGUCUGUCCAUGUGCUUCGGUGCUAUCAAGCGCAAGACACAGCGAUUCAAUGUGAAGUCCGCUGGUGUGACCUCGACCAUGCUGUUGUUUGCCGUCAUCGCAGCUUUUGGCCCUACUCUUUUCUAUCAGGUCUAUGGCAGUCACGAGCUCAACUGUCAUGCAUGCGUUCGAGAGUAUGACCCAGAAAGCCGAGACUGCCGUCGAUGCUACUUCUCCCAGAGCGCCGCUGUCCAUGAUGCAUUCUUUGAAAAGGCAGUCCAACCAUACGCAUGGUUCUGUGCCGUUUUCCUGUUCUUGUCAUACAUCAUCGGUCUCUGGUUCACCCUGCGCACCCACGCUGCCUUGAUCUGGGCCACUGAGAACGAGGAGAAGGAGAAGAAGGCGGCCCAGCAGCCGAUCUCUGAUUCAUUUACUUUCGAGCCACGGCACCUGCUCUUCCCGCCUGGUGCCGCCGAGGCAUCGGGUGCGAUCACUAGCCACAAAGACUCCAUUCGCGAAUCUCAACUCUACAAGCGUAUCCUUGGUCAAUCACUGAGACAAGUUGGCUUGGAGGAUACCAGCGGCGCCAACUGGGACCAGGUGGAAAGUGGCUCUCCGUCGGACAAAAAAGCUAACAUCCCUCACCUGGUGCCUCCACGUUUUGGCGGGGAUGAAAAUUGUAGCGUGUCAAAGGCUAUCCAUGGUCUAUCUGGAGAGGAUAAUGAGCGGCUUGUGCGUCAAGUCACCGAAGUGGCGGCCACCGCUGCUGCAGUAGCUGCUCGUGAUGCGGCCCGUAGUCGCAAGUACUCAACCCAGCAGGGUUCUUCCUCCACCCGCCAAGCUGGUCGUCCUCCGGCAGAUCAGCCAAAGCCUCAUCCUCCUGGUGAGGACAACGAGGAUAUUGGCAUCGUUGCGGAGCCUGCGCACAGCGGCGGUGGUCACGAUGCUCCAAACUGGAGCAAGGCAAAGAGUUCCAUCAUUUUGCUAGGUGCUACAGUUCUCUAUGCCAUUAUUGCAGAGAUUCUGGUCAACACGGUGGAUGUGGUGUUGGAAAGUGUGGAUAUCGAUGAAAAGUUCCUCGGUAUUACGCUGUUUGCCCUGGUGCCAAACACAACUGAGUUCCUGAACGCCAUCUCAUUCGCCAUGAACGGUAAUAUCGCUCUGUCCAUGGAAAUUGGUUCCGCCUAUGCCCUUCAGGUGUGCCUGUUGCAAGUACCAGCCGUGGUCCUCUUCAGUGCCCUGUACACCCAAUCCAUUGAUCCCGCCGAGCUCGCCAGCCACUCUUUUAAUCUAAUUUUCCCUCAAUGGGAUAUGAUCACCGUUAUCCUUUGCGUUUUCCUGCUUUCCUACGUCUACGGCGAAGGCAAGAGUAACUACUUCAAAGGAUCCGUCCUCGUGCUGACCUAUCUGGUCGUCGUGAUUGGUUUCUACCUCUCGGGCUACAGCAACAUGGACACUCUGGGCGUGGACCGCUUCGACACGCUCGCCCUGGGUGUAAGCCAAUCCGAAAAAUUCUACACCGUCGGUCGCUCGCGUUCCGGCGCGGCGUUCUAA